CCUCCACAUCCCUUUACUCCUUAUAUUAAAAUUAUUUAUGCUCUAAACUUAAAAACUGUUUAUACAAUUUGUAAAUGGUGUGAACAAAAACAUAGUAAAACAUAUGCAAUAGAAAAUACACAAUGUGUUAAUAAAAAAGACAGACUUCGACCACAUUUUCAAAACUGUUUAAGUUUUAAAGCAGCUGUCAGUAAAGAUGAAUAUGAAAAAUUGAUGCGAAUAACUGAAUCGUCUAAAUUAAAAUCUAAAACAUCAAGUAGUUCAUUUAAGUCUAAAAAAAUUAAUUCGCAAAACAUAGUUCAACAACCAAUGCAACCAUAUCUUGCACAAGAAUAUAGUUUAGUUGAUAUAUCUCAUUUUGAGAAAUUGGUUUUAAAUGCGACAAUUGAAAAUGGAUGGUCAUUUAAUUGGGUUGAAAAAGAAUCAUCAAUCGCAAUGCUUAAAUUUAAAAAUCCAAAUCUUGCAACUCAUGAUAUUGUUGGAGUGUCAUUAGCAUUCGAUGGGUGGAAAAAUAUUUUAAAACAAAAUAUUCUUAGAACUGUACUUAUUACAUCUUCUGAUGAAGUUUUAAUUUGGAGUGUUCAAGAUAUUAGUGCUGAACUAGAUCGAACAACCAAUGUAAUUUCUAAAAUUGAAGUAUUUCUUGAGAAUUUAAAAACUCAACAAAUUAAAGUUGUUGUUGGAGAGAUCUUUAAAGAAAAUGUUCAUUUUAACAGUACUAUUAAAAAAGUGAUCAAAUUAACAAAUUAUUUCAACAAUGCUAAUCACUUUUAUUUUAUUGGUAAACUAAGAGAUGAGCAAAAGAUGAUAUAUAAGCGAUAUAUUGCAUUAAUUCAUUCAGGUGAUACUAGAUGGAAUAGCUUUUAUGAAGCAUUUAGUUGUCUUUUGUGUUCAAAAGCAUCUUUAAUUUCUUUAGUUGCAAAAUAUACAUCACCUGAAGAUAAUAGAUUAGCUUUGCCAAACUAUAUUUGUGAAACAAUUAGUGAUAGUAAUUGGUGGAACAUAAUAUCUGAAUUAUAUACUUUACUUGCACCUAUAUGUCUUUGCUUAAAUCAGCUUCAAACUAAUACAGCUUAUCUUUAUGAAGUAUUACAAUCUUUUAGCUAUCUUUAUAAGCUAAUGGAUAAGCAUUCUGAUAUAACUUUUGGUGCAAAAAUGACAGAACAUUUAGAGCAAUGUUGGAGAGAAUGGGAGCAACCUCUUUUGAUUCUUAGUUAUUUACUUCAUCCUAAUAUUCAUCUUUCACAAUUUAAUUUACCAAUUAAUGGUAUUACAUUUGCUGAAAUAGGAAUAUGGAUUUCUUAUUACUAUUGUGCUUGGUUUGGAAAUCCACCUAAAAAAAUUAUGGCUGAGUUACAAGACUAUCGUGAUGAAAUAUUUCCUUUUACAAUAAAUAAUUGGAAUCAAUUUGAAGGAGAUCUAUUAAAAUAUUAG